AAGUCACAUCAUGCCACGGACAAUGCUUAUGUUUGGAAUUGUGUGGAUUACUCUGAGAAUACUGCUAAACAAGAAACAUUGUGCGUCAAAUUCAAAACAUCUGACCAAGCAAAGAAUUUUGAAAAUGUGUUUAAUGAUGCUAAAAAGAUAAAUGAAAACAUCAUUAAGAAAAAAGAUUUAUCAAAUGAGCAAAAAGUCAGCAAACCAAUUGAAGAAAUUAAACAAAGUGAAACAAAACCAAGUGUAACGGAUCAACAGCAGCAGAAAAAAUCCUCGACGACAAACAAACCAGCAUCAGUCAUUGGAACAGAACAGAAACAUCAAUCACGAGAAACUCCAGUAUCAAGUCAACACUCAGUACUAAUGCCGAAUACGACACCGGCGUUUAAGUUCGGGAAUGUUGAAUUUCCAGUGACAAAUGGAUUAGGUGGGAUCUUUCCUUCAGUGGCUGUUACAAGUGGUGGUUUUCAAUUCGGAGCUGCCGGAAUAACAGCGAUGACUGCAUCGGCAACAAAAGUAACAGAACAAGCAAGUAAUAACUUUCGUUUUGGUGGAUCGCCAGUAACAACAACUGCCAAUGGAUUUUCUGGUCUACAAUUUGGAAUGACUAGUAGUCCCACACAAUUGUUCAAAACAUCCACAAACUACAGUUUGGCUGAUUUAAAGAAACAGAUGUCAAACAAUGAUACAACGAGUGGAAGCGAUCGAGUAUUUCCUGGACAAGGCAUGCCAGUAUUUGGUUCAACGCCCAAAAAAAAUGACAGUGUUCAUGUGCCUGACGAGAAUGAUGAGGAUGUUGAUGAAUCAGAAAAACCGUAUGAGCCAUCCGGUUCAUUUCAACAGGUGGUACUAUCACCUGUUGAGGUUCGAACAGGUACGAUAAUCAUUCGUACGAAGGUAAACCCAUGUCAUGUGAAAAUAAUAUGCUUUUAGGUGAAGAAGAUGAAAGCAUUCUAUUUUGUGAACGAGCCAAACUAUAUCGAUAUGACAAUAACUCCCAUUCUAUGAAA